AUAUCUCUAUUUUUCAAGUCCUUUGUCUGUUGCUAUUGACAUGCUUCAUCAUAUUGCAGAUUAAAUAUGCCCAGACAAUCAAAGAUUUCUCAAGUUGAGAGGAAACCACACGUGGAAUUUGAGGCCAGAGAAGUUGAUUGCAAGCAACAGCAUAUGAUCAAGGAACAAAAAGGAAACGAAGGCCUUGCAUUGUGGCCAGGCUUGUCUCCAUUGGCACCAACUAGCCAGGCUUAUCUUCAGUCUUCUGCUAUUAAAGCUCCUGAUUGGCUUGAAGCUGCAAUCCGUGCCUCCAAACUGGAUUUGAUGGAAACUUCAGCUUGUUCGUCAAGUGGGAGGGUUUUUAUUCCCAAGAGAUCAUGGAAGAAGUGUGCAGCUCAUAUUCACAUCAGUCAUAUAAUCAAGAGUUUAGAGAUGCCAAAAAGACAGGUUAUCAAAGAAACUAGGCUUUUUGACUGUCAUCAACCGAGAGCACAUGAAGGAUCAAAGCGUGGAGUUCUUUUACAAGCGCACAGCUUAAACGGAAUGAAAAAUGGAGUUACUUCUACUGUGACGAAUCCCAAUGAGAGUAAGAAUAUUAUUCUCCAGCAGCAAUGUCAUUAUCGAGAGAUAUCACAGUCUGCUCCAACACCUGUGGUUUAUGGCCCUCAAAAGCAAAAUUUCAACUUCUUGUCCUUGUCAGCAGGAAGUAAUGGGUUAAAGGCCGACAAUAAUAAUAAUAAUAACAAAAUUGGAAGUAGGUUGGAACCAUUAUCAAAAUUGCAAAUGCCUUAUUUUCAGUCACUAGCACAGCAGCAUGGGGUGGUCAUGCCAAUUCCUGUAGCUCAGAGUCAGUAUGCCUCAACUUCUUUCCUUGAUCAGCUUUCUGUAGCAGGACCACAGGUUCGGUUGCAGCAACCUCAUUAUUUUGGUAACCCGUUAUGUGGAACUAAUUAUAGUUCAACGCUCUCACAUAAAUCAGAUCAUCGAAGCUUUUGGGGGUUGCAACAAGCAGAACAAAGUAGGUCCACAGUAAAUUUCAAUAUAAUGAGGACCCAAUUUCCUAAUUGGCAAAGUGCAAGGCAUGACUCUUCUGCAAUGAAUCCAUGUUCCCAAGCCAUUCUUCCCUGUUCGUCUGCAUCACAAGAUACGUUGGGAUCUAAGAUUUCUUCAAUCACUGCCCAACAGAAGCAGCUCCUUGCACCCUUCCAAGACAAAUGGACUAGACCUUCAUCAUCCCCCUUCAUCAUAUGAAGAAACCAGAGACACACUCCCAACUAGUGCAACAAUGUGGCUGCCAAUGCGAUUGUAAAGUCAUGACCAACAUCAGUACUACGAUUCAUUGUUUUAUAUUUCUACACGGGCAGCUUCUAGAGCUUCACCUUUCAUAUUAAAAGUAACAUAGAACUCUUAAUUUGCGCUAAAAUAUCCCCCAACCAAACUUAGAAGGAUUGCCCCCUAAUCAUUUUUCAUUUUGCAGGACACUAGCACCAUCUAACUGAAAAUAAAACACCAAUAUCUGUUCCCUAAUGGUUCAUCCCUACCACCAAAAUUAAUCGAUUUUCAUUGCUUAUA